UUCGGCCACGCUCGGCCCGGUUCGGCGGGUAGCGCUCGGCUGUAAUCGGCCCUAUUCGGUUACAAUCGGCCCGGCUGGGCCGCGCUCGGCCCAGUUCGGCUACAAUCGGCUCCACUCGGCCACUCUCGGUCGGGCCCGUUCGGCUGAGCGGGCAUCGCGCAGGCGCGGCGCCGCGCGCAGGCGCAGUGCGCGCCGCUGCCGCCAUGAACCCCCUGACAAAGGUGAAGCUGAUCAACGAGCUGAACGCGCGGGAGGCGGAGCUGGGCGUCCAAGAGGCGGUGUCGUGGCACGCGGAGUACAAGGACAGCGCCUGGAUCUUUGUGGGCGGGCUGCACUACGAGCUGACGGAGGGCGAUGUCAUCUGCGUGUUCUCGCAGUACGGCGAGGUCGUCAACAUCAACCUCGUGCGGGACAAGAAGACCGGGAAGUCCAAAGGGUUCUGCUUCCUGUGCUAUGAGGACCAGAGGAGCACCAUCCUGGCCGUGGACAACUUCAAUGGGAUCAAGAUCAAGGGGCGGACCAUCCGCGUGGACCACGUGGCCAACUAUCGGCCUCCCAAGGAGUCGGAGGACUGGGAUGAGGUGACCAGAGCUCUCCACACCAAGGGCUGCGGGGUCAAAACACCGCCUCGCUCCUCGUCUGAUUCCCCGUCGGAAGAGGAGGAUGUGCCUGUGAAAAAGCAGAAAGAGAAGCCGCGGGGCAGAGCGGAGCAGCCCAAGCCAGGCCAGCAGGCCGGGAAGCGGGCGGGCAUGGAGGAGCCGCAUCCCAGGAUCAAGAUCAAGAAGGAGAAGGAGGACCCCGGGUACGAGCGCUACGCCGGUGGGAGCUCCGACAGGAACGCCGGGAGCAGGACACAGCGGGACGAAGAACAGCGGCGGCACCAGCGGCCCUCGGAGAGGAAGGGGGACAGGAGCGGUCAGGAGCAGAGGGGACAGAGCAGCUCCCGGGAGGAGCGGGACCAGAGGGAGGAGGCUGGCAGGAGGGGCGAUGGCCACGGCAGCCGGCGGGACGUGUCCCCCAGGGGAGGCAGAUCCCGGGAGUCCCAUUCCAGGCACAAGGAGCGGAGCUCCGGCAGAGACUCUGGCCGCCACUGAGCCCUGGGAGAGCAUUCCAGGGCCUAGGCCUGCCCAAACACCUGCUUCAAGCUCCCAGGGCACUGCAGCUGGACUGUUUGCCUCGUGGGAGCUUCCCUUUGGAUCUCAUCCUGCCCUGGGCCAGGGCUCUCCCUGUUACCCUUCAGCACUGGCCAUGGGCAGUGGCAGGAACUGGGUACUGGGAUCAGCAGGAUGCUCCCCUGCCCAAAACCCCCAGAUCUGUCAGAACUGGGGGAUAUCCCCUCUUGCAGUGCGGGAAGAGGCCGGUGGGUGUCUGGUCUGGCCUUGCCUGCUGGGUUUGGGUCCUGUGCCCACCUGGCAUCUCCAGGUUCUGCGGUGGAUCCGCGGUGGAUCCACAGGAAUGCACCGCUGUGUCGGGGCCGUUCGCUGUGGGUGUGUUUAUAGGUCUCUUAAUAAAAAUUCCUGUUUGUUAGAA